GACAAAUUGUAGUCGUUAGAAAUCCCGAUAGUGACAUGACAAAUCAAACAGUAUACUGAAUAAACAUAAAACAAGCCAACUAACCACACAGAUUUAUCUUGGUAAAGUCUCCUUCACAAACAUAAAGGAUGCAUGGUAGAGUGAAGAUUAAAACCACAGCCCAGCAGGAGGAGGAGAAAAGAAAGGAGCGAGAGAAGAAACUGAAGAUAUAUGUAGCUGCACGGGAUGCCUGUUUUUCUAAGAGGAAGCAAGGUAUUUGGGAUGAUGAGGCCCUCCAGUUGACCCAGCAGCUGCUGUCAUCCAAUCCUGACUUUGCAACCCUCUGGAACUACAGAAGAGAGAUCCUCAUGCACCUAGAGACCGUGAAAGAAGAGGAUGAAGUGCAAAAGAUUUACGAGGCUGAGCUGUCAUUUCUGGAGUCAUGCCUGAAGGUGAACCCAAAGUCCUACGGCAGCUGGCACCAUCGAGGUUGGGUCUCGACCCGCUUGCCUCGACCAGACUGGGCCCGAGAAUUGAGCCUGUGUGAUCGCUGCCUCAGCCUGGAUGACCGGAACUUUCACUGCUGGGAUUAUCGCCGGAUGGUUGUGAAGAUGUCUGGCGUGCCUGUGGAUAAGGAGUUGGGGUUUACCGAUUGUCUUAUUGGCUCCAACUUCUCCAAUUACUCCAGCUGGCAUUACCGCAGCACCCUACUGCCACUGCUCCACCCGGAGUCCCCUGAACCUCCCUCACCUUGCCACAAGCCUCCCCAGUCCUCCGCUCCACCUUCUCCGCAAACCCACUCCCAUCGCGUCUGUGAGGAGCAGCUACUUAAAGAAUAUGAGCUUGUACAGAACGCUUUCUUUACCGACCCCAACGACCAGAGUGCUUGGUUCUACUACCGCUGGUUGCUAGGCAGAGCGGAACGUGAAGAGAUGAUAAGCUGUGUGUACGUCAGUCGGGAUGAGGAAAGAGUUGCUGUUGCCUUCUCUAGGCCUGUCAAUGCGCAGACGGUCGGGCUUCUGCUGGUGCUCGACGGUCAGCCCCAGAGAGUGGAGUGGAGGAGUGUCCAUCCUCGCUUCAAACACAGCCCUGUCUGGAUCUGUGACCUUCCUCCUGGAACGACAAGUGACAUCUCAAAUGAGCACAAUCUGACUGUGCACUGGACUGAAAAACACACUCAUAGAGACUGUGCUCUGUAUACAGGUCGAAGCGAGAGUUGGUGUCGUGACUCUGCCACCGAUCAAGAACUUUUCAGGAGUGAACUCUCAGUAGAGAAGACCUCUGUGUUACAGUCCGAGCUACAGUCAUGUAACCAGCUACAAGAGCUGGAGCCACUUAAUAAGUGGUGCUUACUGACCAUUAUCCUCCUGAUGAGGGCACUAGACCCCCUGGGAUAUGAAAAGGAGACACUCGCUCAUUUCCAAACACUCAAAGAAGUGGAUUCCAUGCGCUCCGCCUAUUACAGUGACCUGUGCAGCAAGUUUAUGAUUGAAAACACUAUUCUGAAAAUGGAGUAUGCUGAAGUGCGCGUCUUCAGUAUUUCUGACAAGAACCUGACCACUUUAUGCCACCUGGACCAGCUGUUAUUGGUCACCCACAUCAAUUUGUCCUCUAAUAAGUUGCAGCGGCUUCCCCCUCAGUUUGCAAUGUUGCAGUGCCUGGAGGUCUUGGAGGCUGAUAACAACUCCAUAGAGAACCUGGAAGGAGUGUAUCACCUUCCUAAACUGGAGGAGGUCCUCUUGAAGAAUAACAAAAUAUCUACACUGGCAGAUCUGCAGCCACUGGCCACCUGCCCCAAGCUGAAACGCCUUGAUCUCCGUGGCAACCCCGUCACUCAGACCACCAAUAUCGAGUCGGAAUUAGCCGAGCUGCUCCCCUCAGUCACAGACCUCCUGCUCUGAUCAGAUGGAGGGGGCGGAAAUCUCUGCCACCAUCUUCCCGUCAUUCGGUUGUCCAUCACACUCUUGGGCGUGUUUGUUUGUGAAAGAGCAAGUGGGUGUUUCUCCAAGUGUCUUGUGACUCUGUUUGUUCCACUUGUUUUGGCAGAAUGUCAAUCACACCGACCCCCGAGGGUCUGAAUGCAUGAUGCUUCAAAGCAUAUGUCAGAGACCUCUCUAACACCGUCAAUGAAAAAUACAGAUUUAUGUGUGUAUGUAUGUAUGUAUGUAUGUAUGUAUGU